AAGCUCCUCGUCACGUCGUACAUCGAUAGCAUCAUUCUCUUCCAAUGAAAUGCAAAUGGGACAAAAUAUUCCGCUUUUAAGCCUGUCAACCCAAUCCUUACUUCUCAGUAACCCUGCAAACACUCGAACUGCAUCGGUAGGAUCCAUUCUAUUUGAUCCUGGGAGAAGACACAGCUCCAACACUCGACCUUCGAUUGUAGACUUUGUGGAUGGUGGUGAUCUUGGUGGAGACUUCUUCAGAGACUCGAUGCGUCUCACCAAGUUGAAUAAUCCAAGAAGACACAAGGAAACCAACAUCUCUGAAGAAGUGAUUGAACUGGACCACCUAACCAAAAAUGAAGAGAUGGUUCAUGAGGAGGAGAGUUUAACUGGGACUUCUGAAAGUGAUUUGACCGUCAACGAAAACCAGACGUUGAAAACCCAGUCCCCUGCACGGGGGCCUACAAAAGAAAUUCCGGGCUUUAAAAUAGGGUUCCUGAUAGAAUAGUUACCUGUUUGUAUUUAUAGAUACACUAAAACUACCAUACUUUUUGCAACCACGGAAUUGGCCUUCCACGAACGGAAAUCUGAUGCUGGAUAGCCGAUCGGUGAAAAAACAUAAAUAAAUUGGAUUUCUUCAUCCACCACAGUACUAUCCACAAACAGCAUGACCACAGACGCACAGACAGCUAAUUCUUCUCAAAAAGUGGAUAGGACCACCUACGGGCUCCCUAAACCAGUCCCUGCUUACUAUCCUCAUCCUGGCUCCCCAUUAUACGCGAACAAAGCACUUUACACCAAAAUUGCAAACAGCAAAAAAACUUUGGUCGAGAAGCACAUUUGCAAGCCCAGAACCGGAAUUGCCUUCAAGGUGCCCGCCAAAAGUGUUUUCAGGUUGACUACUCCCGAAGGACCUCAGGUGUGUGACUUGAACAUCUGGAAUCAACAUAAUCCCAGAGAAAGAUUUUGGGCCGCGAGAACCAGGCAGUUGCAUUCUGCACAUGUCAGCACUUUUGAUCGGUUAUGGUCCAACUUGCCGUACUUAAGACCUUUGGUUACCAUUACUGGUGAUACUCUCAACGCCAGACAUGACGAAUGGGGUGGAAGAGCCCAUGACACAUUAGGAACCCGAUGCGAUCCUUAUGUCGAUAAGUUGAUCAGUGGAGAAGACAACGAUUUCCACUGCCACUCGAAUUUGACAAGAGCCGUGAUGCCUUAUGGAUUGACCGAGUUUGAUGUCCAUGAUGUUUUGAAUGUGUUUCAGAUCACCGGGUUGACUGAACAAGAUCAAUAUUUCAUGGAAGCAUGCCCUAGCACCAAAGACGAUUAUUUUGAGGUUUACGCAGAACAAGACUUAUUGGUAGCCAUCAGCGCCUGUCCGGGAGGUGACUUGUCUCAGUGGGGUUGGGGAGAAGACAAGGACGAUUUGGAUGGGUCGAAAAUGGUGGAUUGUUGCCGACCUCUUGGAGUGGAAAUCUACUCUAUUGACGAUGAAGAAGAGGUGUUGAGAGAAUGGCAAGCACCUGAGGUUGUCAACUAUAAGGGAAAUCACGGGUUCAAAGAACCAGUUGAGUAAUUCAUGUACCUUUCAAAUAAAUGGUAUGCUAGUGUAAUAGGACUAUAUAUAUAUAUAGAUCAAACUGACCCAUCAAUGCAUUCUCCAAUCCAGUCGCUGAUUUCAUCGUGGGUAAUAAGUCCAGCUACUUCACUACCUCUGUAUUUGAGUUUUUCUGCUUGCCCAUCGUCAAUAACUUGUCUAAGAAACUCAAAAUGAUUUGUGAGCUUAUUAUCAUCAGUAUGCACCUCAAAAUCCAGGACUAUGGCACUUUUAUCCACAUGAAACUUGAUAGAUAAACCAAACUUUUUAUUGAAAAACUCAUGCGUAAACUUGGGUGUGUUCCCAAACUUCCAUUCCCACAGCCUUAGUUCGUUUGCAAGUUCGGUGAUGCUUGGAUUGAGUUGGGUGUGCUUGUCUAUGACAAAGGUCUGAGCCGUUUUUGAGUUCGACUCCACGAAAUCCUCGAUUCCCAUCAUCAGAUUGUAUUCUUUUUCUUCUUCAUCCAACUCAGUAACUGUUCCGUAUACGUCUUUGAACGUGUCUGAGACGCACUUGAUAAAAUCAUCGGAAGCCAUCUCUAUAUUGGUCACUUUCGACUUGACCGAUGCUACUGACGAAGUUGAUUCUAUCAGACCAUUCUUCUCUUUAGUAGUUGAUAAGAGCUUUCCCAAAAUAUCGAGUCUCAGGUUCAAUAACAUCGUCCCAUGGUGAUAAGACCUUCCCUUGGAGAGUUUGUAUGCGGACCCACUGACCUUAUAACUUAUAUUGUCAUCCUGUUUGACAGUGGUUAUAUCGCCUCUUUGAUUCACUUCUAUGGGGUACUUAGACAACCUGGUGGAAUUUACAGCCUCGCAAACCAAGUUGACAAAGUUGAACCUGGUGAAUUCAGAUUUGGUGGUCAUGAACGAGAAGUUCACAUUUCCUGAAUCGUGAACAACAGUUCCACCACCCGAACGCCUUCGUAAAAGCGGGAUCUGAAGCGAGUUUAGGAGUGCUAAAUUUACCUCCUUCCAUGGGUUUUGAUUUUUUCCUAUCACCACACAAGGUGAAUUGGUGUAGAACAUUAAGCGGUUGAAGCUGUGCAAAUCGGACUUUUGAGGUAAUGGCAUUUUAUUGUACACAUAAUCCUCGAUAGCCAAGUUUGUGUACGGAUCUUCCAACUUGGAUACAAAUACCAUCGGCUCCUUGGUAGUGGCAGCAGCUUCGAGGCUCGUGGUGUCAUGUUUAAUGGGUUCAGAGAAUAUGUUUCUAGUCUUGUCCAUCACAUCUGGAGACUCCCUGUAGUGCUGGAAGUCCUCGAGACCGAAAAGUUCAGCAUCAGCAGCAGCAAGAUCAUCUCCAAAUGGCACGUUAACGUUGCUCAACAAUCUUCGAAAGUGUAUUGUCGGUGCCCAUUUAAAAGUGAUGGGCCUCAUCAUCCUGAGAGUUAUUUGC